AUGGCUCUCACACUCUCCACCAACUCGGCGACUUUUAGCCCUAUGACAUCUUCGUUCAUAACUUCAGCCUCUCCUAUACCUACAACCAUUACCUCAAAUCUCAACGCAAUCGAUACAAGGUCCACCUCCUGCUGCAAAAUUACCAACGGUGGAUGCGCAUUCCCCACCACACCUCUCGUCGCUUUGAUUAUUAUGACAGUCCUCCCUUGGAUAUUUCUUAUUCUCACUUGUCACGGGUUAUCGAUGUACCGAUCGGAAGUUGAAAAGCUUGAGAAAGCAGAAAGACAGAGACUCGUGAGGGAGCCACGUUUGAAAAGAGAGCAUGAGAAUGUCAUUCGAAAGGAGAUUUGGGAAGAAGACUUCCAGCGGGAUGCGGGCCGCAUGAUGCAAAUCCAAGCUCUAGAUGAAAAAUGCAAUCAUGCUGUCAACCCGCAGAAUGACAUUUUUUUCCGUUAUAAACCCCAGACUGCACAGGAAGUGGCGUGGAUAGAGAUCCGAGAUUCGAUCAGGAAAGAGUUCAGAAAGAAAUACAUUAUGGAUCAAUGUAACAUCGAGGUCGAUGCGAUGGGCAAAUAUGGACCCGUUCCGAGAAAUUAUAGCUUGUCACCAUUAUUAAUCUAG